CCCAUAGUUGACCUCACUACUAUUAUCGGAAUCACCACCGUCUAACCUCCAAUCAACCCGCCGGUACAUUUUCAGUCGUAUCCCACAGCACAAAUUCACAAUGUCUUGGUUAGGAAAGAAGUUCCCUGUGCCUGUCGCAAAGCCAAUGGCUCCUUUCUUCGUUGCCGGUGCCGUCAUUAUGUACGGAAUCAACUCUGCUGCUACCGCAAUGGCCAACAGCGAGGAGUUCAAGAACGAUCCUAGAAACCCAAACGCAAAGACCCCAAAGCCAGCCGACAAACACUAAAUGGGAGAAACGUGUGAUAGGGGGCAUGAUGACUGAGAACUUGCAUAGAUCGAACCUAUGAUAGAUCGGUUGAACGGGGCGUUCGUUCCCGUGAAGGACGAUGUGUAAAUUAGGAGACAAUGAAAUCAUCUGGUGUCCUAUAAAGGAAGAUUUUGCACUGUGACCUAUCAUGCAGGUUUGAGUUUACCGACAAUAUCUUGGGUUGGACCUCCAAACCAAUCGUUUCGAGCAAAUUUUCAUGGCAUGAGUGAGUAUGGGAGAUGUUGAGUGAAUAGCCUCGAGCGGGGAUAUUACAUGCCUAAUUAGUUGUAUUGUAUUUUUCCCUUCCCAUUAUUGUCC